UGGUUCAUACGAGGUGACAAAUAUCCGUCAAAUGCCGUAUAAAUAAACUGCAAUUAUUUAAAUACUUUUCACACGAACUUACGAAUAUUAUCUUAAAGCAGCUUUUUGGCACUGCGGCAGUGCCGAUAGAAAACAGCAGCUUUUUUUCGCACUGCUCAUCCGACAUUUUGAGAGGCCAAAGGUGGUACGUAUGGAUUUGAAGUCUAUCACGUCGCCUAGUGGCGGACGCGGUUCUCAGGGGAAGACUCCGAUCCUCUGGCUGGGUAUACGGGAGUAAAAACAAAACUAGAAAAGCAUACACAAGGGUAGAACCAACAGCAGAAUGGCGGCAUCCCAAUAUAAAGUACAAGCAUUUUUAGAAAAACAUAGGAUUGGUGGAUUGUUUGAGGACUUGAUGUCAAGAUUGAUAAAAGAACUUCCAUCUGAGCCAAUUCCUUAUCUUAUCAAAGUCCUGAACAGAAUGGAUCAACAAAGACAGCAAAAACAGGAAAAUCCUUUAACAUCAAGCUCAACUAGAAUGCGUCCAAUGACAUCGCUACCGGCUGGAAGACGUUCGGUUGGAGGAAAUGUUGAUCAAUUGAGUCAUAGUGCUGAUGCAAAAACAUUGUGGGCAUCGACUGACUCUGCAUUGAAGAAAUCUGAUAGAGGAUAUGACAAGCCAUGGUCCAGUAACAUGAAAAAACCCAAACAAAAGUCAGUUAAAGAAGAUGCCAUUGAAGGUAAGAAAACUCAGAAGCCAGAAUGGGAUAGCAAAGUGCGGAAGAGUACAGGAGAUUUUGAUGAACUUUUCCAGGAAUCUCAAAAGACUAAAAGCAAAUCUGUUGCCUUCUCAAAAGGAGUUUCUGGUCCUGCUCAAUGGGUAACUGAUGAUUCUGAUGACCUGAAGUACACUAGCUCUGAAUAUACCCGUAGAAAGGUCACCUCUGAUGAUGACCCUCUGAGUGGAGAAUUAACAACAGACAAACUUGAAAAGAAAUAUGGACAUUUAUCAUCACAAGAUGAGAGUUUGCCAAUCAAAGGAAGGAUGAUCUCAUCAACUAAAAGAAGUUUUGCUCAUAAAGAAGAGAUAGCUCAAUUAGCGAGGCAACAAGUUUCAAGAAAUGGGUACAUUGAUGCAGGUGAAGAUUCAAUGAAUGCUGAUGAUGGUGACUUUGAUGAAGCUGCCGACAUGCUAGAAGAUGUAGCUGCUUUAAGAAGUGAAGGUGUUGCCAAUGCAAAGUCAGUUGGGCAUAAGCUGAGCAGGCGUCAACGGUCUGAGCCAGAAGCAAAGGUCAAGAUCAGCAUUUGUAGCAGGUGUGCAAGGCUUGCUGGAGCAGAAAAUGGCAGUGAGUAUGGGGGACGAUCAAAUCCUUAUCAGAGUCUGGAAAGCAUGAGUGAUUAUGUUGACAGUCAAUCUGGUGGUUUCCAACGUCAAAUGACUGAUGAUGAAUUUGAAAGUGUGUCUCAAGUUGAAGGACCGCGCUAUCCUGUUUGGGAAUCAGAUGCAGAAGUCAGGUUAUCCUCAAAAUCUCCUAAGACUAAGAACAAGUAUAGGACUAGUGGGAGAGAAAGCCCGAUAUCUGAUGUAAUCGAGACACCCCACACCAGUCUGGGAUGGGAAUCAAUGACUCAGAGAUCUGAAACUGAAGCAGCAUACAGAGAAAGUGAUGUGGCAGCCAGAGGCAGGUCCUGGCAUAGAGCAUCCUCAGACGAUGACUCUAGUUUUGACUGGAAUACUGACAGAAAAGGCAACUCCACACGGUUCACUAAAAGUGAUAGACCCCCAUCUGGACUUUAAAAAUUAAAAGUCAGUCUCACAGUAGGUGUUGUGGUUUUAGGAUCUAGGUGGUUUUUCAUGUGGUUAUUGAAUUUAUUCAACUAGAUUAUAGUCACUAGAACAGUAGUAGCAGUGAAAAGAAUGUUUGGUGAAUCUAAAAUCCAAAUCCAAAUUAAAUACUAUAUCUCACAUUCCUGGCACCAUUUGUCACAUUGACACUAAAGCAUAAUAACUAUUUACCAAUUUUCUUUUACCAAGGCAUUUGUGUGGUGAUUUAAAAAAAAUAUAUUUAAGACUAAUGAUGUUAACUUUAGUGCAAUUUUAAUUUACUGUUACAAUGUGAAUUUGUUGCUUCUUUUUUUUUUUACUUGCAGCGGGUUUAUUUCCCCUUUCUCACUUUUGGCUACCAAGAAUUGUCAAUUUCAAUACUAAAAUAGUCAUAAAAUAUUCAUACAUGAAAAUAUUGAGUAUGUAAGCUUUUAUGACUCACACUAACAUAUUUUUAAGAGAGUUUAUUUUAAAUACAUAUACAACUCAUAAGUACAUAAAAAUUGUACGCAUGUUGGAAAGUAUUGCCUUUUAUUUUAGUUGUCUUCAAGAAAUUAAUUGAAAUAACACUCAAUUCAAUUUGAAUGCCUGCAAUGAAACCUUAAACUGUUUGUUAAAAUUUAUAGUAAAAAAAUUAUCUGUACACUAAUAGCAUGCAAUGUAAUGUUAAAUAUGCAAAGGAUGUUCUCUUAAAACUGAUAACUUCAAAGUGUAGUCUUAUCAAUUUAAUGACUGAUUAUACCCCAGUAAAUGCAUUGUAAAACCAA